GCAUAUUUAAUUGUUUAUAUUAGAGCAAUCGCGAUUUUAUUCCUUUUCGUAGUAAUGAUGCUUAAUAUUAAAUUAGUAGAGUUACAAGAUUCAAUAGAAAAUUCUUCUAAUCCUUACCUAUUAGCUUUUGUAUUAGGUACUCUAUUUGUAAGUGGUUUAAGUUUAACUAAUCCAAAUAUUUCAAAAUUUGAUUUACCUGCAAUUUUUGAUUCAAUUAAUUUAUUAUCAUUUAAAUCAGAUAAAUUAGAAACAUUAUUUGUAAAUCAUUUAAUUUGGGAUAAUUUAUUUGUAUCUUUAGAUCAAAUUAAUAGUCUAGGUCAAGUAUUAUACACUUCUCAUGCACUAUUUGUAAUUAUUGCAAGUAUGAUUCUAUUAUUAGCUACGGUAGGACCAAUUAUUUUAUUAUUAAAUCCUACUAAACGAGUAUCUUAA